AUGAUCCACCACGGCAUUCUGAAGGACGACCCCAGGGCCGUGUACACUAUCGACAAGAUCAGGGAUAUCAUCAAGACCAUGGUGCUCGAUAAGGUGCUCGAGGAGGUCAAGAGCACCGGCACGGGAGAGUUCAUGGCCCUCAGGGCCAGCACAAUGUGCUACCGGCAGGUGAUUGGGGCUCCGCAGGGAGGGACGAUGGAGGGAAUUCCUUGUGGGGUUUGCCCCAGGAUUGAUGUGUGCUCACCGGAGGGGGUCAUCUCGCCGAGCACCUGCGUUUACUACAAGAAGUGGCUGCAGAUGGACUUCUAG